UGAGUGAAUGUUGAUGUUGUAGUACGGAACAGACUACUUCACCGUCUGCCUGCUUGGUCUAAUUGAAAUGUGAGCUGCUUGAAUUGUUUCUAGGGUUUCCAAUUGAAAUUACUGGUCUAAACUGAAUUUGAUUAUUAAUCUCCCAUGGGUAACAGCUCCGUAGACGACGAUUCCCCCGACUGGCUUCGCUCUUUUCAGACACCAACUCAAUCAGCCUUCGCCCUGCCCUCCCCCUCUCAGCUGUCUUUAUCCGACAGUGAUCACAUUCAGAAUGGGAAAGACGAUGACGACGACGAUGAUGAUGAUGAUGAAUUGCCUUUACAGGAAAGGUACGCGAGUGUCGACAAGAAGCCGACACUUGACAAAAAGAGGAAAAGGGUUACUCGGACUCCUGUAACCGGGGAAAAAGCUGGGGGAACAGCUUCGAAGCAAAAGACAUCCGAUAAGUCAGCCAAAAUUGAUGAACAGAGCAAUUCGGUUUGGAUGUUGUUAUCAGAUUCUGAGUCUUGUCCUGAAGCUAGUCCUGUGAGGAAAAACAAUGACACCCACUCUAAAAAAUUGUCAAAACAGGAAACUCCUCAGUAUUCAGAUAAUAUAAAGGGUGAUGUCACAGUCCUCGAAGAAACACUAAAAGAAACCUCCAAGCAGAAGUCUCCAAUAAAGAAGAAAAAAGAGGAUCAAUCGUCCACUAAGAAGAAGAAAUUGGAAGACCAUGUGAAAGGAGAGAAUUAUGACGGCAUGGAUGUUCCCGAGGAAGUAGUAUCUGCCAAGCCUGCUGGACCUUAUGUCUCAUCUUCAAGUUUACCCCUGGUACUCCCCGAGAAAGUCCAGCGCUCAAAGGCGCUUGUAGAGUGUGAAGAUGAAUCUAUUGAUCUAAGUGGUGAUGUAGGUGCUGUUGGUCGUGUGGUUAUAACAGAUAAUGAGGACAUGCUAUUGGAUUUAAAAGGAACCAUAUAUAAGACCACAAUAUUACCUUCACGGACUUUCUGCGUUGUUAGCUUUGGUCAAUCAGAAGCUAAGAUAGAGGCAAUUAUGAACGAUUUUAUUCAGCUGACACCACAAUCUAAUGUUUAUGAGGCUGAAACCAUGGUUGAAGGAACAUUGGAGGGUUUUUCAUUUGGUUCAGAAGAUGAGGCUGAAGAUAUGCCUAAAGCCACUGCUAAUCAAAAUGACCAAAAUGAAGGUGCCGAGGAACGACAAAAUGCAAAAGACAACGGGAAAGCUGAGAAAAAAACAGCUUUAGGACGCAAAAAGGGCAAAUCUGCGGUGGGAAAGCCUCCAAAGAAACCAAAGAAAAAAGUACAAGCCAUGAAGAAAACCAAGGCUAAGAAAUGAGCAGUGCUGUAUUGAAGUUUCUCCAUGCCUUUUGUUAGGCCACCAACACUUACUCUGUUUACACUCUUAUUGCAGUUUCAGUAAUUAGGAUUUUAGGAUUUCACAGUGAAAAUCAUAGGACAUUGUUUUUAAAGAGCUAGAGUUUAUUUAGCAAAAAAAGAGAAAGAGCAAGAGUUUAUAGUGUCAUUUGAUAUUUUCUGAAAGUGAGGUGAAGUUUGUAUUUCGCUUGUCCUCAUGGGAUAUAAAUUUAGCUCCAGGUCUAUUCAUUAUGUUGAUGUAUCAGUUGAUUACUAUAGGAACAGCAAUAGAUAUUUUAGUGGUUUAACGGAACAAUCUUCCAGUUUGUCACUGUAGAGAAUUGAUGUUUUAAUGAUUUAACUGAGAUAUAUUCGAGUUUUCAAUGUUGAGCUAGCAA